AUGGAUGCAUUGAUCAUGUUCCCAUUGGGGGAUGUUGCAGGGAUGCUGGGGAUCUGUCGAACGACAAUGAAGAGGGCCUGCAGGAGACUUGGGAUCAAGAGGUGGCUAUGCAGGCCCAAUCCGGGGAAAGGGACGCCGUGGGAUGGAUCGUGUGAGGGAACCAACGAUGGAUCCUUCCAGGGAUACUUCAAGGGAUCCUCCCAGGGAGCCAACGAGGGAUCCUUCCAGGGAGCCAACGAGGGAUCCUUCCAGGGAGCCAACGAUGGAUCCUUCCAGGGAGCCAACGAUGGAUCCUUCCAGGGAGCCAACGAUGGAUCCUUCCAGGGAGCCAACGAGGGAUCCUUCGAGAGAUCCUUCCAGGGAGCCAUCCAUGGAGCCUUCCAGGGAGCCAACGAUGGAUCCUUCCAGGGAGCCGACGAGGGAGCCAACGAUGGAUCCUUCCAGGGAGCCGACUAUGGAUCCUUCCAGGGAGCCGACUAUGGAUCCUUCCAGGGAGCCGACGAGGGAGCCAACGAUGGAUCCUUCCUGGGAGCCGACGAGGGAGCCAACGAUGGAUCCUUCCAGGGAGCCGACUAUGGAUCCUUCCAGGGAGCCGACGAUGGAUCCUUCCAGGGAGCCGACGAGGGAGCCAACGAUGGAUCCUUCCAGGGAGCCGACGAGGGAGCCAACGAUGGAUCCUUCCAGGGAGCCUACUAUGGAUCCUUCCAGGGAGCCGACUAG